UUUCUCGUUUUCCCUUCUGCCUUAAACGGAUCACUCUCAGUCCAGCCUAGACUAGCAUUUUCAGCCAGUCUCGUUGUUUAUACCGUAAAUCCAGUUCAACCUGGCGCAUUUUUCAUGGGAUUUCUUUUUUCUAAUGUAGGUUUAACGACAUGAUUACACAUUUGGACGACAGUUGUGCAUUUUGACUCGAUGCUGAAAAGGAGAAAAAUCGAGAAGAAAUAAAAUGUGACCUGAUCUCUUAUAAACGACUUGUGUCUCAUGUGAAAAUAACCUGAGAGCAACCUACAGAGAAAGAACUAGAAGUCCUCUCUGAAUUUCCAAGUGAAACCACAAGAAUUCAAAGCAGCAAUUGGAGUUUCUUUUUGGAUCCCUGGAUACCAGAGACGCAUGAGGGACUAUUCAGUUUAUUACCUUACCGGUAAAUACUGAAAAUCCAGGAUAGCGCGAUGGGAAAGCAAUGAAAAGGUCUGUUUAUAUUAUUCCAUACAGAUUUAUUAUUUUUAUAGCUACAAUGGAGCGUUGCUUUAGAAAUUUCAGCAUACUAGAAGCGAUUAGGCCUUUAUUUCACCCACUUUUUACCUAAGUAUUGUGCUUUUUGUGCGCAUUUAGCGAAAUCUGUAUUUAGCUGGACCGUUUAAAAUGAUAUUUGACCACAUAAGUUAAAUCAUCGGAAGUGAUUAAAGAAGGAAAAAACACCCUGCAUGACAGUAGAGCAGCUCAUUCACCUGGUGAAUACCCACUGUGAGCAGAGCGACCUACGCACUUUGGGUUUGUCCCAUUGCGCACAGUGUGCGCGCUGCGCCGGCGCGCUUCCCGAGGACAUCCAGACGAUUUUACAGUAGAUCCUCUCAUCCUGUAAAUCAGUCAUGUGGUUCAUUAAUCUGGCUCUGAUCGUUCUCAAACUAUCCGUGUCCGCGGAGGGAUUCUCCACGUGCCAGUCAUACAACUUGGACGACCACAAAUCCAAAAGGAUCGAAGCGGUGCGCGGACAGAUUUUAAGCAAGCUGCGCAUCCGGAGUCCACCGGAUCGCGAAUCCAGUCCGCCGCCGGAGUCUGUACCGGCGGAGGUGAUGUUACUUUACAACAGCACGAAAGAGCUGCUGAAGGAGCGCGCGCGUCAGGCCGAAGCCGCGUGCGACCGCGAGAGCAGUGAAGAGGAUUACUAUGCGAAAGAAGUGCAGAGGGUGAAUAUGAUACCACAGCGCACAGAUACGAACUCGAUCCAUCCGCUUCCUCAGAGCCCGUACUUCAGGGUGGUGGUCUUCGAUGUCACCAACGUGGAGCGAAACUCGAGUACUUUGGUCAAAGCAGAAUUUCGCAUCUUCAGAGUGCCAAACCCGCAGGUGCGCACGACAGAACAGCGCGUGGAAAUAUACCAGAUUCUCAAAUCUGAUCAUGUAACAGCUCCAUCUCAGAGAUACAUCGACUCCAGAACAGUCGAUCCUCGUGCCAAAGGGUCGUGGCUGUCUGUCGACGUCACAGAGACUGUGAAGGAAUGGAUGGCGCUCAGAGAAAGAAAUCUAGGGCUCAAGAUCAGUGUUCACUGUCCCUGCUGCACAUUUGUCCCCUCCACAAACAACAUCGUUCCUAACAAGAGUGAAGAGCUGGAGGCCAGAUUUGCAGGGAUUGAUGAUGACAUCAUAAAACAGAACAGAAGACCAGGUGCCACUAAAGGACGGAUUGAAUUUAGCACUAAAACUCCACACUUGAUACUAACCCUGUUACCCAGCGACCGUCUGGACAACCCCACCAAGAAAAGUCGCAAGAAGAGAUCCGCAGCGGAAACAACCAUAUGCUCACGGGCUGACCAGGACUGCUGUCUGAGGUCUCUGUACAUCGACUUCCGUCGGGACUUGAACUGGAAGUGGAUCCACGAACCAAAAGGGUACAAAGCAAAUUUCUGCGCAGGGAACUGUCCUUACCUAUGGAGCGCAAACAAUCACUACAACAUGAUUCUUCCGCUGUAUAAUAAGAUGAAUCCCGAAGCCUCUGCGUCUCCGUGUUGUGUUCCGCAGGAUCUGGAGCCCCUUACCAUCGUCUAUUUCCUCGGCCGGACCCCCCGUGUGGAACAGCUCUCUAACAUGGUGGUCAAGUCCUGUAAGUGCCGUUGAAGCAGUCUUUAGAGAGAGAGACAGGUGGACGAGUAACAAACACAACUGACAUCCUAAUAAGGGCAAUUUCUCACAAACCUUGACGGAUGGCGAGGUCUUUAAUGUAAAUUGACAGGUGGAAAAUCAUCUAUACAGCACGCAUCUUAAAAACAGGAACCAACGGUCAUAUUCUAAUAGAUGAGCUUUUUGACAGUAUCUCCUCGCAUGAUCCGUAUCGCAACAGUGACUGAGAAUAUACGCCAGCAAUUCAUUCUUUUUAGUUGUCAAACAAAGUGUACUGCAGAUUGGUUUAUUUUUGAAAUUUGCAAAUGUAAAUAGUUUUUGGUGAAGUUUAUAUUUGAUUAUUUACUUAAAACAAUAAAUUUUGAUUGUAUAAAA